UAGAAAACCAGUUUGACCAUGCACCUGGAAACCCGGUUAGACAAACAUCCAGACCCGCAAUGUAUGUGCCCUCCAUGUCCGCACAUAUCUAACAACAUGCCCUUGAACCAAUGCAAACCAUCCCCCAAAAAAAGAACACUUUCUCUCUUCUUCCCAACCAUCUUCCCUCCAGAUUUCAUUGGAGAAGAGGAAAAGAAGUGCCUCUCUUUCGUCUUCUCUCCUACUCUUAUGGCCUUUGCCCACCAAAGGGUCCACCAGAACACCUCUAUCCUCAUCAUCAGCAUCAUCAUUCCCCAUGGAAUCCAUUGGCCAUCCAUACCCACCACCAAAGUAUGUCAUGCUCUCACACAACCAUGGAAGCCUCCGGCCUCCUCCUUAUAGGCGUAACGUACCCCGGUACCCGUCGAAAAGGUCAAGCAGUAGUUGCUUUAAGUGCAUGUGUUGCUGCUAUUGCUUUCUCUUCUUCAUCACUGUCCUCUUGCUUUCCCUUAUUUUCUUCUUCCACGCCAAGUACAAGCCCCAAAUUCCGUCCUAUAAAGUUGACAGCUUCAGCGUCCAGGCUUUCACCUUCCAGUCUGACAUGAGCCUCUUCACUGAAUUUGCCGUGACAGUAAAAGCUGAAAACCCAAAUGAACAUAUCAGCUUCAUCUACGGCGAAGAUAGCGAGAUUAUCAUAUCUUACACCGGCUCAAAUCUUUGCUAUGGAAAACUCCCAGCUUUCUAUCAACCCAGAAAGAAUACAACAAUGAUAAAUAUUGCCUUAGCAGGGACAAGCCCGUUUGGCUCAGGGCUGCAAGCAGCCCUCAUGGAGAACCGGCAUACAGGGAGAAUACCUUUGCUUGUAACAGUGUAUGCUCCGGUUAAUGUUGUGGUCGGAAAUUUUAAGUUAAGGAGAAUUAAAGUCUAUGUAAACUGCACGUUGGUCAUCGACAACUUGCAACCAAACAAGAAAGUUGGGAUUUUAUCAUCCAAAUAUGAUUACAGCGUGGCAAUUUAAUUUGUAUUGAA